UACUUGAGCAGCUUUGCGAUCGAACAAAACGCUUAACGGACUGCAAUAUCGCGCCUUCAGCGCCUCGGGGCAACCCCAACAAAAAAAAAAUAAUAAAAAUUAUAAAAUAAACAAAUACCCAAAAUCGCAUGAGCUUGUAGGAUCCGGUCCAGCAGGAUGAGCCCCAAGCUGCAUGAGUUCGCGGUGGUGUUGCAACGCGAUGGCCAGGCCACACCCUGGGGCAUUCGCCUGGUGGGCGGCAACGAUCUGGACACGCCACUAAUCAUCACCAGGGUGCAGGUGGGCAGCCCGUCAUAUGGGGAGCUUCUUCGCGGCGAUAUCAUAGCCAAGAUCGGCGAGUACGAUGCACGCGACUUGAGUCAUGCUGACGCCCAACAGCUGUUCCGUGGGGCUGGCAACGACAUCCGAUUGGUGGUGCACAGGGACAACAAAAUCGCGUACACGCAAGGCGUUGGCCAGGAAGCUGGCCCCGGAUCCCGUAGCAACUCUACUCUGCCGCCGGCCAGUCCGGAUCUCUUGCCCCACCGUGGACCAUCGCCGUUUUUGCCCGGACCCAGUCACUUUGAGCGGGCCCUUCAGUUGCCCGUGGACACUCUGCCUCAGACUGUGUUUCCCCAGCUAAACGCGUCGGGAGGAUAUGAGAUUCCGUCGAGUGUGUUCUCACCAAAGCCGACAAGGGAUCAUCAGCAGGAUGUGGAUGAGGAGCAGGCUGCCAUUGUGAACCAGCCCUACCGAACAACUCCUCUGGUCCUGCCGGGCGCUAAAGUGAAGAAGGAUGCGCCCACGACAGAGUCCUACCUGAGGCACUACCCCAACCCGGCUGUGCGCGCCCAUCCAGGACACGACUACCAUGACAGUAUCAUGAAGCAGCGCGUGGCCGACACCAUGCUGCACAAGGUUGUUGGCUCCGAGGCCGACACUGGCCGCGUCUUCCACAAGCAAUUCAACUCGCCCAUCGGUCUGUACUCCAACAGCAACAUCGAGGAUACCAUCAGGACAACAGUUCCCUUCGCCACAAGCGAAAGCAAUCGCUUGAAGGACAGUCCUUUGCAUCGUCCUUUGCCAACAAAACUUAACGGCUAUAAGAAAACUGUCGUGUACGAUCCCAGGAACAGCGAUACCUACAGAGCCAUCCAAGAGGAGGGCGGCUACAGCAACUAUGGCACUUCUUCGCCACAGGAAGUGACCAUUCCUGUGCAGACCAAGGUCUACCAGCCGAAUAGAUUGGUUCCAGGAAAGAAACCAGUAUCAGCGCCAGUAUCCCGGCCGCCGUACAAUGUGGUAAACACCCACGACGAGAACAUACGCCAGAGCGGCUCUUUCAAUCGUCUGAUGUACAGCGUUAUUGGUGCCACCGACUACUAGAUGUUGCAGCAGCAGCAUCGACACUAGCAACAUCAACAUCAACACCGACAACAUCUGCAAUAGUUGGCACCGACAGUUGUUUAUCUCCUAACAUAUUUAGCGGAUUUUUAUGAAAUUCUAUUUAACUUAAUAAAUUAUAUGAAGAACGAACAAAAAACAAGAAAUUGUGAAACACUAACAAGCUUAAUGAUAAAUUGGUUUGGUAAAUGAAAUCGGAUUUGAAAUAAAUAUAUAUAUGAUAUACACAUUAACUCUACCACCUCAAUUCUAAAAUAAAAAACAAUUAAAUUACACUUAGCAGGAGCUUUGAUUUACAAUUACCUUAUGUUUAUGCUGAUUCUGAGUUAAAAAUCAUGAGAUUUUUUUAACUACGAGUGAUUCUAGUCAUGGAAUGUAAUAGGUGUAAAUAAUGUUUUAAUUAAUAAAUGUGACUUUGAUUGGAAAAAGAAA